UUUAGAAUUCAUUUGAAAGUCUAGUGAACAACACUAUCUUCUGCGGCAUUCGCAAAAAAAAACACAUGUUUAUAUAGUGCCUUUUAAAGUUCAUCUUCGGAGACAAAAUUAAAAUUAUAAUAAUAGUCGCAAUAAUAAAAUAAAAAGAUUACCGAACGAAUUUAAAUAAACAUUGUAAAAAAACUGAAAUAUAAACAAACAAAAGUGUGAAAUAUCAAAACAAUCACUUAAACAAUUCCGACUUCGUAUACUAUAUAACAUUUGUAAAGCAAAUAUUUACUUUAUUCAAAAUGGACGUGGCCUCGGGAACAAUUGUUCCUCCUGAUGGUGGCUGGGGCUGGGUUGUGGUGGCAGCAGUGGCUUUAAUAAAUAUGACAAAUCAGUCAAUCUUAUCAGUGUUUGGUUUGCUUUUUGGUGCCCAACUAAGGGAUAUGCAGCAGGAGACCUUUACUGCAGCUCUUAUUACAAAUCUAAACAGUUUGGCUUUGAACUUUUCGGGCUUAUUCAUUGGACCUGCCAUUAAGAGCUUUAAGCCACGCAAUGUGGCAAUUUGUGGCUGUGUUAUGGUGUCCUUUGGCCUAAGUCUAUGUGCCUUUGCCACAGAGGGUUGGCAUUUUAUUGUGGGUUAUAGUUUAUUUGUUGGUUUGGGUCUGGGCCUGAUAGCACCCUCAACAUUUAUGGCCAUUAAUUCAUACUUUACCACCAAACGGGGUCGUGCUGUUGGUGUCUCCUUGGCUGGAGCUGGUCUUGGCCAAGUUUUCAUACCCCACAUUGUGAGAUUUUUCCUGGAUAACUACGGGUUUCGUGUUGCAGUUCUGGCAAUGUCAAUGCUUUCGCUUAUUGGUUUAAUUGGUGCCCUUCUACUGAAACCAUUAACACCAAGCAAAACCGAAUCGAAUACAACGCACAACAAUCGUAAACAUUUUACAAUAAUACCACGCUCCACCGUCGGUGCAGACAAAGCAAAAGUUCAACGUGAAGAUUCGGUCAUGGAAAUUAAAAUUGUCAAUAAUGAGCCAGAAAUGGAUAAACAAAAAUCCCAGGAAGUUUCUUUGUUACCACGACAAAAUAAUGUUGAAAUAUACAAAGCAACGACACUGCCUUUGGAAAAAACCGCUAGGACAACUAGCUGCUGUGGCAGUGAUUCGUUGUUGUGUCGCAAAUUGUGUCAACGUGUUAUAGAAGCAAUGGAUUUGGAAUUAUUAAAGGAUCCUAUAUUUUUAAGCAUAAUUAUUGGCAUGGCUUUGGUCUAUACGUCAACAAUCAAUUUUACAAUGAUAUUUCCCAGCUUUUUACAGGACUCUGUUGGUUACACCACAAAAACAACUGCUACCUGUAUGUCAAUAAUGGCUGGCGCUGAUAUCAUUUGCCGUCUUUUAUUGCCCUGCAUAACAGAUAAAUUGAAAAUACCUUAUCGUGUUAUUUUCUUAUUGGGCACAGUGGGAUUGCUCAUAUCCAGAGCCGCUCUUGCCGAAUCCGUUGAUCUUACCAGCAUUAUUGUUAUGUCCAUUUUUACUGGCAUGACAAAAUCUGCCACAGUACUCAACAAUAAUCUUACAAUCUCUGGGCAUUGUAAGCCUGAAAAAUUGCCCGGUGGACUUGGUCUAAACAUGAUUGCCAAAGGUGUUCUAGUCAUAAGUGUGGGUCAACUUUUGGGUUGGGUCAGAGACUUUACCAAAUCCUAUGUUUUAUGUCUACAUGCACAAAAUGCUUUGUUAUUGUUUGUGAUUUGUGUGUGGACACCUGAAAUGUUCUAUAGAUAUCGUUUAUAUCUAAAAGAGAAACGUCUUCAGAGGCUACAAGAAGGAGAAGAGACGCAUACAAAUGUACAGUCGUCGCAACCUUUAAGCUCUGACAUUGAAGCCGAAGCAGAACAGCAAAGCCUGAAUACACCGCCAACAAUAGCAACAACAACAAUAACAAAACCAAAGCAAAUUGACUGUUAAAUAUAUAUUUCAUAAGCAUAGGAAGAGAUCUGAAAAAGCAUGAAUUUAUUAAGAAGGCAUUUUUUAAAGUAUUAUUAGACGAUAAGUUGAUUAGUUUAUAUAUGUAUAGCAUUCAGAAAUAA